AUGGAAGAGCGUACCACGGAGGCGGAGCGUCUCGGGCUCGGGCUCGGGCUCAUGGACACAGACAACCCGCUCGAUGUCAGCGAGCGCUCGAAGCGCAUGAACAAACGACUCGACUACACCGAGUAUUCGCACGACGAAGAAGAGGAAACUGGCCAGGGAAACAAAAGAGGAAGAGGCGAGAAGAAGGCGAAACCGAGAGGAAACAUGGCAUCGACGGCGAGGUAACUAUUUUGAUGUGUAAGGGGCGUCACUUCUUCGUCUUCUUUUCACGAGAAAGAGAAAAAAAAACUGGCUGUAAACUGUCCCCCGAUUAACCUGCAGUCACUCAAUCACCGGACUGAUCGGUUCUGUCGGUCAUUUCUGAUAUUCUCAAUCAGAUAGCCCCCUCUCUCGCCUUUUUCUUUCUAUUCAACCUCAUGUUUUGGUCGAGAAAGAAACCCGCUGAUUCGAAAUUUACUUGUUUACGUGUUAUCCUAGCUGUUUUUCUCACAACUAAUGAAUUUUUCAUGUAUUUACUCAGAAAAUGUAACGUAGUUGUGUGGCGUGCGCUAACUAAGCCGUAGAGACAAGACAAUUUUGUUUGUAGGUGGCUCUAGCCAAUAGAUUUGUAGGCAAGACACAUUUUUGUUAGAAAAUAUAUUGUUAGCAAAACACCUGUCUGAACAAUUUAUUGACCAAGCGUGUGACUCGCUGAUAAUAACUCAAAGAGUUUGACGCUUAUCAGUCGAUCGGCGUGAAGUUUAGCUGUUCUCCAGUUAUAAACUCAAUAAUCGCUUUAAUUUUUUCAGAAAAAUGCGUACAAGAUUCAGUGAAGAGGAGGUAGCCGACAUGUGGCUCUUCAUUAUUUACCGCCUUCGCGAUCCGAUCACCCAAAAAGUGUUGAAGCCAAAGUUUGGAGCCGGAAUCUGGAAGGAGUUCAAGAAAGAGAAUGCCUCGCCGCGCAACGCGUACAGCUUCUAUGUCCAGUGAGUGCCUCUAUUUUGAAGGGGGGGGGGGAUGGAAAAAGGAGAAAGAAAAGUGCUAUAACGUGCGACAACUGCUCAUUAUCUCGGUCUAUCGGAGAGGACACAUGCAUUUCUUCUAUAGCGUUUUAUUUACAUACGUUUCUGGAACAUUUUUCUAAUUUAAGAAGCAAUUAAACACUCUAUAGAUAGAUACAUACGUCCUUUUCGUAAACGUUUUGGUCAGAAACUUUUACCGGCCGGCACGGCCCGACGCGACGGAGGCAUUCGACGUCGGCCCCCUCAACUAUGAUUUUCAGUACAAACAUCUGUUUUUGAUCGGCUAUCCCUAACUUAUAGUGCUACCGUUUCAGUUUCCGUCGAUCGAUGAUGCCGUCAAUCGAUUCCACAAACUUCGAUAUGCAAACGAAGACUCUGAUCCACUACACCCUCGAAAUUCCAGUCAGCGACAUGUUCCUUCAAGAGUGAGUCGCUCCGUUUCAAACCGUAACUAUCGUUUCCAUUUGCAGACUUCGAGAUAUUGAGAAGGUGCAAGUGGUGAUUGAUAAGAAACGACUUUUGAAAGGAUAUCGCAAGUGCCGUUACAACGGAUACGUCGAAGACGACGGAUGGGACGACGUGUGGGGACCGGAGUACUUUCGCGAGUCGGAUCUCGUUGAGAUUGUGCUCGAUGCGCCAUUCAUCACUCGUGCACACAAUGACGUCAGCGACGACGACGACGACGACGACGACGAUGAUGAUGAGAUGGAAGGAGGAUUGGCGAUCAAGAGAGGGAGAGGAAACGACGAUUACUCGGAAGGAGAACCGUCCAAGAAGGUUGUCCGCAGAACAAACAAAGGACGAGGAGGGCGUGGAGGAGGUGGACGUCGUCGCGCUCCAAAGACGGUUCCGAUCGGAGCUGGAAUCGGAAUGGAAAUGGAAGCGGACGAAAGUCUGGAAGCCCACCCUGAAUACGUCACUGACAGCCACCGAUUCGCAAAGGCCAGCCUCUCUCCGGAACUUGGAGAUUUGGAAAAUGUAAAUUAUCUUUAAAACUGGAAAUUUUCGUGUUUUCUUUCACAUUUUUGGUGAAUUGAGCAGUAUCUCGUUUGAAAAUUUGCAUUUACACCCGAAUCAUGUCCUCUGACAGCAGAUCCAAUUUUCUUGUUGGUUGUGUCUGUGCCUAUGUGCGACCGCGACGCGACCGCAGCGCAGCCGACAGAAAGAGGGUCGAAACUGUUGCAGGAAACGGAAAGCUUAUCAAACCUACAAAAUCAGCAAAAAAAAGUGAUAAAAAGAAAGGAAUCACUUCGAGAUUAGUCUCAUUCACUAGAAACAAGGAAAAAACACAAAAAUUUCAAUAUUUGAACAUACAUGCAACAUUACGCACUCUUGCACUUUUUCACCGAACUCUUCCUCAUGUACUGUCUUCAAACUAUUUAGGAUCUCUUAGCAACUACGUAGAAUUGUCUUCUUACAACUUUUCCCCCCAAAUUAUACUAACAAUCUGUUGAAUUGAUUCGUUUCCCGCACCUGAAAGUAUUGCAUUCUCUGUACUUUUUGUUCAAUUCUCACCAAUUACAUUUGACCAGAUAUUAUAAAUAAAACAUUAGAAUGAAAAAAACAAUACAGGAAACUUACAAAUGAGAAUUGAGUGAGGAAAUCUGCAUGGGUUUUUGCAAAGUGUGCAUGGGAACGAUUCUGCAUGAGCAUGAGGAUGCUGAACGAAGAAUGCUGCAUGGAGUUUCUGAAAAAAAUAUUCAUCCGAGCCCACCGACCACAGUUUCAAUUGGAAUGAAACGGACGUUUUUCAUCUGACAGUUAAUAUCACAACCGCUUUCACUUCUUGACACGUGUUUUUCGUAAUGGCACAUCUGAAAAGCGGCUUCGCGACGAUUUUCGAUUUUCAAAAUGUUCCAAAGUCUGAACAUCUGGAAUUCUAUUGGAUCCUUAAUUCACAUGUCUUUUCGGUUGAGUGUUGGUAUUCAUGGUUCGCCACUAAUUGUAGUACAUGCGUUUGUCACUUCCACUAUGUAUCCACAUCUAUUUUUUGGUCACAAUCACUCACAACGUGUCAGAUAAACUCUAAACCGAACAGACACGCUUUUCACGCCUCAAUAACUACACUUUUGACGUUCUCUCCUUCCUUUCGGUGCAAGAUGAUGCAAUAGUCAGAUCAUACCUUCUAAAAACGAUGCCCUUCGUACUCAACUGUAAUGCCAUGUUUGCCGUGAAUGGUAUGAAUGAGAAAGCGUGAGAAAUUGAAGUUGGACUCACAAAGAGCCACGUCGGUCUAUUGUGCAGUUCUACAACGACGUAGAGACCUCCUCCUCGCCGAUUGGCGCCUAUCAUUCAUUCUUGACAAUCGCCCUGACUCUAUGUCUAUUCAUUCAACACCAUUUCCGGUAAGGAUCUAGUUUUCAGCCCGGGUAAGGUAGCGAAGAGAAUGAUUAGGUAGACCGGCUAACCCUUCUCUCACUAGCUUUCCCGGUCCAAACGUCGUUCUGAAAAAUUUUGAAGUGUUUGAUUUACUACCCGGAAAUGUGCUUUAUAUUCUGAUGACAUGGCUGAUGAGACAAAUUAGUUCGAUUGUUCAAAAGACCUGACACCAGCAUCUUCUUCGUUGCCACAAAAGAUUUUGAUUUGUCUCUGAAAAUUGAAAACUAUACAGCUACUAAUGCACUUUUCUUUGGCUUUUCAUCAACAAGUUUGAUGUUUCCCUAAGUUACACAAAUCUAUGCUUUGUUCAAGAAAUCUCGAUUCCUAAGCGUUGUGCUGUGUUUUGACGAUAUUAUGCUGAAUGCGAAUGCUGUUUGCUCCUAGAUUUACUGAAAUUGGACUCGUUAACUGUAAUAUUCGUCGAAGGUCUGCCCGGAAAGCAACGGCCAGAGGGAAUGGUUAUUUGGUCCGUUCCCUCUGGUUUUCGCUCUACGGUAGGAGUUACUUUUGCAGUUUUUGCUGUUCUAUAGAAUCGAAAUGUGAAGAUGCUCUCAGAAAGUUUGAACAUUAGUUUUGUCAGUGAAGUGAACCAAGUAGUCGUUUUUUUUUAUUUUCGCUUGGUUAGGUCAUAGUUCUUUCUCAUCAUUUUCUUUGCUUAUAUCGGUUCGAUUGAAUAAAUAAAAUAAAUUUGCUUUGAUGGGAGAUCUCUGUUUGAGGGCUCUAGUUCAUCGUUCAGUAAAAUCGGGUCAGAUAUUGGAUGGCAACUAUCAGGUGAAAAAAGUUUGGUUCUAUCCGUCUCUUCUCUCAACUUCUCGGAAACUAUGGCAAAUGGAUUCGCAUGAAUGAAAUCAUAAUUUCAAAUGUAAUCUUUGGGUUAAUCCAGAAAAAGUUUUAUCAGAUCAGAUAUUUUCAGAUAGACCAUCAAUUGUUCACGAUUCAACCAUCUCGAAACUUCAACGGAUUGGCCAGAAUCCGAAUUUUGAGUGAUCUGGAAAAGCAGAAAAAACUGACUUUUGAAGCAACGUCUACGGAAGUUGCGACGCGUGUUUCUGAAGAAUCUUCCACUGAAUCGGCUCCGUCAGCUUUAUCGAAUCUUCACGACGUUGGUAAUCAACUUCCAGAACAGUCCCAGCUUUUCAAGGUUUCCACGGCCGAAGCUCAGAACAAACAAGACCUGGAGAAGAAAGAAACUCUUGUUGAGAGAAAACUGACUGCUGAAGUGACUUCUACGAAGGCAGUGAUUCCGGUUGACGAAGUAUCUGAACAAUUCUCCAUUGAAUCUGGUCCAUCGGCGUCAUCGCAUCUUCAAGUCGUUAAUGAUCAGGUUCCAGCAGAGUCCCAGUUUCCCAAAGUUCACAAGGUUGAAGCUCGGAGCGGAAAAGACUUCGAGAACAAAGAAUCUUUUGUCGAGACUAUGCUCACUGCUGAAAUGACGUCUACUAAGGCUGUGAAUCUUGUAGACAAAGUGUCUCAAGAAUUUUCCAUUGCAUCGGCUCAAUCAGUGCCAUCGGAUCUUCACGUCGUCGUUGAUGAUCAGCUUCCAACAGAGUGCCCGUCUCUGACAGUUCGCAGUAGUGAUGUUGAAAUGUCUGAAGAAGCAAAAGAGAAAUCAUUGGGCAACGAGAGCAAUGGAGAAAAGGCAGCGGUGAUUGCGGCUUCUAACAACGCGAACGGAUCAUGGGAAAUGAAAGAGUAUGGACCGGAUGACAUCGUCCCACAGAAAGAACAGAAGAAUCUGAAGGAAUCGACCAAAAGAACGCGCAAGAACAGAACGAAGGUAUGACUGAAACUGAGAGUUAGUUUAUCAUUUUAACAUUUGCAGCUGACAAUCGGAAGAUGGCAGCCAGCGCCGGCCACUUUGAAGAGACUUGCCAAGCUCAGAGAGGAGAGUGUUCGUCAGUCCGGGAUUUGGUACACUGCUCAUCUUGCUCUGAGCGUCGCGGAGAAACGAUCAACCAUGCCGGAAGAAGCGGAUAAUAUCCGCAAAUUGACCAAAUUCCUGGAGAAAAUUGAUAAGAGCGGCGACCCAAAGUACUACAGUGCCAAGAUCCCUCUGAACACGGACUUCCCGAACACCACUGAGACGAUCAUAAAACAUUUGAGAAAGCAGCUUCUGGGCAGUUCGACGGAAAGUCCGGAAUGCAUACGUCAUUUGACUGUUGAAAAACUCCCGAAAAUUUCACAAACUGGACCGCUUCUGAUGGACAUUCCGGAGAAAGCGGAAGAAAUCGUGAAACAAGCCGAAAAACUGAUGACGGAAGGUGUCAAUGCCGUAUUCAAACCAGAGAAGCUGAAGCAUCCAGAGCCGAGAAGACGGAAGGAAUGGGACGAUGGAGAGAGGGAGAUGUACCACCAACUCGGAUACGAUGUGACUCAGAGAUUCGAACGGGAGAGGGAUCACAUUCGUCUUCCUGCUCCGAAUGUGUGCAUUGCCAACAAGGAAGAAUUGAUGAGUGACGCUCUCAAACAGCUGGCCAUGUCUGCUCCGAUCACAAACAUCACGGGCAUCGACAAGGCUCUCGGAAUCGACCUGAGCAUCUUCAGCUUGGAAACCAUCCGAAAGUGCUUUCCCGAAUUGAUGCUCGACGUCUAUUACCAAUGUCCGCAGACGGCCAACAAUAAUCGGUACGAGACCGGAGAGAAAAACUGGAAGACUUGGCAUUUCGAGUCCAAGAUGUCGAUCGGCAAGUACGAGGAGUACUACAAAAAACUCGAGAAGACGGCAGAAAACAGUAAGGCUCUUGCGAAUGUAUAUAUUUAUAUAUGUAAUAGCUAUGUUUCAGUUUAUGGAGAAUUGGUCAAUUCUCCCGAAUCAGAGAUGGAAGAAAAGUUCUCGAAUUUCUUGGAAACAAUGAAAAAUGAGCAGCUUCUUCCAGUCGAACUCAAGAGAGACUUCGUUUACUCAAAAUUCGCAACGAACAUCAACUUGAACAAUGAGGAAAAAUUCCGGAAGCAAAUGGAAGUCAUCGAAAAACUGCCUACUUUCCUCCAGCCUCAUCAUGACGGAAAUCUUUUAAAUUUGGCAGAAACGAUUCUCGGAGUCAAUUCUGUUCAGUUGUUCGUGAAACCUCCUGGAGCUCGUACUUCGGCACACGUGGAGAAUCUUCUCAUGGCCUGCAUCAGCUGGAACGUCGGACCGGGCACUUGCGUCAGAUUUGCAGUGUCGUACAAGUACUAUGGAAAGGUUCUCGACCUGGUGAAGAAGAAAAGAGGAUUGACGUUUCACGGAGAAAAUUACUGGCCCAGCGAGGAAGAGCUUCUAAAAGCCGGGAUUCCAUUCAGAAAGUUCGAACAGAAGGCCGGCGAAUUGGUUUAUGUGAACAGUGGUUGUAUUUACUGGGGACAGAGCAAUGGUUUCUGUGUCAAUUUGGAAUGGAAUGUCGGAGAGCCAAGUGUAUUCCAACUGGCCAUGUCAAUGGCUGCCACGUCCCAUGACGCCGAGGAAAAACACAAUGGAAAGAUUCCACUAGUGGACAUGCUGUGGCGAGCGGCCGAAAACAAACUGUACCUGGACAAUCCGGAGAUGACCCAGCUGGUGAGAAGUUGCAUGAUCAGGUAAGAAACCAGCAAAAUCAAGUAGACAUUUGAGUAAGGAAAACAUUUCCAGAUCCUUGGCCGCGACGAAAUUCUACAGUGACUACCUCGAAGCGGAAAACGUCGAUGUUCCGCGAUUGGACAAUGAGGGAGGAGCGCCUCCGAGAUGCAUCACGUGUGGAGAAGAAGUGUUCAAUAUCGUUUGUUCGGUUGUAAAGAAGGAAGAUCCGGAUACGGUGAUCAUGAAGAACGGUGUGUACAGAGACUACUGUAGUGGAUGUCCGGUCGGAGAGCUAAACGAUGAUGAGAUGAAGUCCUUCUACCGCUUCUAUGACAUUGAAAAACUCAUCGAAAUCUACAAUAAUUACCAUAUUUGA